GCUGCCGCCGCCGCUGCCAUCGCCGCUCGCCGGCUCCGUCGGACACACACCAGGCGCGCACCGCGCGCAGUUCGGCUGCCGCUGCCGCAGCCGCUCGGACAAAUCUGCCAUCCCAACCCGACUGGAUCUCGCUCGCGCUGCCGCCGCCGCCGCCGCUCCUCCGUCGCUUUCCAUCCUCAAACUUUGCGCGUGGAGACUUGCGACGUUCCCCCUUGCAAUUAGCAUCCUCGGCAACUCCCUCGUCUUCCUCCCUGGGCAGGACCCGAAGGAUGCAACCUCGCGUCUAACCACGCAUUUGCUUUGAACAAACAAUCGAGAUCGGUUCUUCUAUGCAACCCCUGCCGCCGCCGCCGCCCUUUCCCCCUUUCUUCUAUUCCUUCUUUCGGUCUCGGACUCGAUCGCAGUAGCCGGCGCGCGGAUUAAAUUCUUUGGGAUCUCCUUUGGAGCGCAGCUUCCCGAAGUGUACCCUCCACCUCGCAGCCCCCGGAGAGAAACCCUUGGCCGCUCCUUCCCCAGUUGGAAAGGACUUGACCUCGCCGGGCUCCGGUUCACUUUGCGCCUUUUCCACGCCGCCGCAGCCGCCGCUUCCAUUUGCUGCUGGAGAUUGUAUUGUUCGCCGUCGCCCAUCCCUGGGGGAGACGGAGUGGGGGCAGCUUGUUUGAAGCGGGGCGAGGAAGGAAGAGGGCGGGCGGGCGGGAGGGAGGGAUGCCAAAGGGAAGCGGGGACUGAGCGAUCGAGUCUCCUUCACCUUCUCGCAACCCUCUGCGUCUCGGAGCGAAGCAAAGCGUGAGACGCGGCGCCGGGGGAAGCCGGCUUGGGAUCGCCCGCCCUUUCCCGAGAAGGCUGCUGCCGCCGCCGCCGCCGCUGCAGGUUCUUAGUGGGAAUUUCGGCGCCGCGCGAACAGGAUGCGUUUCUUCCCGUGGGGAUUUUGGCUGCUGUGUGUCGCUGCCGCUGCCUCCUCGGCCCGGAGCGAUGGUGGCAACAAGGCGAAGAGCUGCUCCGAGCUCCGGCAACUCUACGGGGCCAAGGGGUUCAGCCCGAGCGUGGUCCCCCAGGCGGAGAUCUCGGGAGAACACCUGAGGAUUUGUCCGCAAGGUUAUACUUGCUGUACCAGUGAGAUGGAGGAGAACUUUGCCAACAAGAGUAGAAGUGAAUUUGAAGGCAUGUUGAAGGAGGCCACGCGCUCUGUGCAGAUAAUCCUAACAGCCCAAUACAAGAACUUUGAUGGUUAUUUCCAGGAUUUGUUAAACAAGUCAGAAAAGGCUCUUUAUGACACAUUUCCUGGCAUGUAUGGAGACCUUUACCUCCAGAACAUAAAGCUAUUUAAAGACUUGUAUAGUGAGCUGCGGCGUUAUUACCGGGGUUCCAACAUCAACCUAGAAGAGGCUCUCCAUGAGUUUUGGACUCGCCUGUUGGAGCGGCUAUUCAAGUCCAUGAAUCCUCAGUACCACCUUCCUGAUGAGUACGUGGACUGCAUGAUGAAGCAUUCUGAGCAGAAUAAACCAUUUGGAGAGGUCCCAAGGGAUCUGAAGCUGAAAGCAACAAGGACCUUCAUUGCAGUCCGCUCCUUUGUGCAGGGACUUGGUGUGGGCAAUGAUGUUGUCAGAAGAGUAUCUCAGGUUCCACUAAGCCAGUAUUGCAGUCGGGCCAUUAUGAAGCUGAUGUACUGUGCACAUUGCCGGGGUAUGUCGAACAUAAAGCCAUGUAACAGCUACUGCCGCAAUGUUUUGAAAGGCUGUCUGGCCAAUCAAGCAGACCUGGACCCUGAGUGGAAGAACCUGAUAGAUUCACUGCUCUUGGUAGCAGACCGCUUUGAUGCACCAUCCAAUGUAGACACUGUAAUUGGUACAAUUCAUACCAGGAUUGCAGAAGCCAUUUCUAACAUGCAAGACAACAAAGAUUCUAUAACAAACAAGAUCCUUCAAGGUUGUGGAAAUCCCAAAUUCAACCCCAAAGCUUCCAAUGUCGAGGAUAAGAAGAGGCGAGGAAAAUAUGUCAGUGAAGAUAAACCUUCAGGGCUUAGUUCAGAGAAACUUGUUUCAGAUGCCAAAGGGAAACUGAGGGAAAUAAGGGACUUCUGGGUUGCACUUCCAACCACACUGUGCAAUGAAAAAAUAUCCUCUGGUUCUGUGAAUGAGGACAGGUGCUGGAAUGGAAUGACGAAAGGCAGGUACCUUCCAGAUGUGAUGGGAGAUGGUCUAGCCAAUCAAAUCAAUAACCCAGAGGUUGAGGUAGACAUCACCAAGCCAGAUGUGGCUGUUCGCCAACAAAUCCUGCAGCUGAAGAUUAUGACAAGUAGAUUGCGCAAUGCAUACAAUGGGAAUGAUGUGAAUUUCCAGGAUACAAGUGAUGACAUCAGUGGCUCAGGAAGCGGUGAUGGCUGCCUUGAUGAAGUCUGCGGCAAAAGACUGUCCAAGAGUCCUAGUACCAGGCCACCAGAGAUUCAUCCUAUGCCUAAACAGCCAGAACAGGGCAUUGGUGGAAAUAGCAGCAACAUACUUUUGCCUUCCUCUUUUCUUUUGUUGCUUUCUCUGAUUGCUGUUGCAACACAGUACCUCUGGCGGUAACUUGUUUGUGCAGCCAUGAAAAGACUGUGGUGGUUGAGGUCUUAAAUUUGCCAAAAAUACGGACAUAUUUAAUUCAUCUUGGCAAAAUGAGGGAGAUAAAAGUUCUUGAUUGUGAUAACCUGGCAGUGCUAGAGCUGGUCUUCCCCCCCCCUUUUUUUUUAACGCUGGCCCCUUCUUUCUGUACCUCAUUAAAAAAGUCAUUAAUAUGCCACAAAGAGGCACCUAGGGGGCUACAAGAGAUCUUGGCAGAUAGGUUUAAUGGGAAAAGAAACAAAUGAUCCUCAAGGUGAUACAAUUUUUAUUGACUGCAAUAAAAUAUGCAAGUAUCUCAUAUUCUUAUUUAAUUGUAGCCAAGAGUGUGCUACAUCAGUUUAGAACAAUACACCUUUUUAAUUUGAAGAUUUUCAGAGUACUCUACUAGGGGUCAGUUCAUAAUUUUCCAUUAAGCAAGUGUCAAAUUGUCCUUCCUUUGGUUUGAUGUAGGAGUGGCAGUUCUGUACAAUCCUCAGAUUUAUUAUCCUGGAAUUUGGAACAAGAGUCCUUUGAUUUGCAAAUGUUUUGUCUAGUAACAUUAAUCAAAGUCAAUUAAUAUUUCUCCUACAUCCAAGUGGAGUGAGAUUUUGGUUUGGCAUGAUCCUUUGAAAGUAGCAGUCAAAUUGAUAAAAUGCAAUACAGUCAUAAUAUGCAACAUUGUGAUAGAAAUAUGCAUGGGGAGACUUUUGUCUGGAGAGUUUUUUUUCAGCCUGAGCCUGAAAAUCUUCCUAUGGUUAACAAUAACAACAGUCAACUUUUACCAAAGGGAUAAUGCAAAGAAACUGUUUUGUGCGGUUUUGUGUAUUUCUACUUAUUCUGUUAGCAACAUCAGACAGUGACUAAAUGACCAGCCCAGGGGGCAGUCAAAUAUCCCUGGGAAUUUGCUUGGACAAAUCAUCAGAUUUUUCAAGGAACUACUGGUCUUUCAGCCUGCCUCCAGUUCUACCAAUUAUGGAAAGACAGAAAGAGCAGGCAGACGAAAGCCAUAGUCUGAGUUACAAAUCAACCAAAUGCUAUCCCAUUUCAUCUCAUGUUGGCAUAAUUAACUCCCAUGCCCUUCUAGCCAUUAUGGAGGCUAAAAGAGAUUUGACUGCUUAUCACUUCUGCUCAUUUUGUUUCUGAUUGUUUCAUAUUUGCCAGGAUCUUGUCUGAUAUCAGGGUGGUUGGGAUGGAGAAAGAGGUAAAGUCCAACCACAGAUAUACACACACCUAAGUAUUUUUCUGCUGGGGUAUUUGUGCUUACACAGCUCUCUGCUUUGCAUCAUUUGGUAUAUUUGACCUGCAGUCAUCUUUUCCUCUGUUUUCCAGAAAUAUCUAGCAGAUCAAGGCAGUCCUGUUGAUUUGAGUGAUAGGAAGUCCUUGACAUGAACUUCACUGUUAAUUUACUUUGUCUCAUAUCAUGGCUUUCCUUUUUUGGGAACAGGGGAUGUGAACAUAUAUUUUUACAUUUUAAAAUAUAUCAGCUUUGCAUAAAUGUUGCAACAUUUCUACUCUGUGUGUUGCAUCAAAGAAAAAUGUUGUGUUUGCUAAACAGAAGCUUUCAGAAAAGUGGAAGCUGUUAUCAUACCCAGUUACAAACAAGGAAAGCAUUUCUAGCAUUGUAGCAUUAGAAAGUGCCAAGCAGUGAAUUUCAGUAAAUUAGCUCAGUUGAGUUAUCAUUCCCAUUCCUGGCUCUGUUCAUUUCUAUACAACACUGGAAGAAAUUAGUUUCCUAAUCACCCCAAUCAGUAUUGGAGGCUGCCAAUAGCCCAAGUUUUGAAAAUACAAUAUUGUAGUCUGGUGCCAGCAUGAAUUCUUUGUUCCAAAGUACACCUGGUUUUGUACACAUUAUUUUAAAUCCCUUGUGAGUGGAAUAAUAUCCCAUUCACUGUCAUUAUUGAGCUAAUCAAACUAAUACAUUCAUUUUUGUUUUUGGGUACACUUUUCUUAAAAGUAAUGUGAAUACAAAUGAGGCAUGAAAAUCAAAUAUCCUGCCUCCUUUGAAUGUUAGUUCAAAUGCCAGAGAAAGUAGAGUACUGCAUUCAAAUAUGUACCCUCCUGUUGCAUAGAGGAAUAAAAUGCCUGACAAAUAAAACACUGUAUACAGUGGAUGAAAAAGUUAAACAGCUAUCAUUUCCUUCCCCCAAUGAAAAUCUUCUGCCAGUCUGCUGAAGAGUUGUAAACUCAGAGAGCCCAGGGCCAUAUAUAAGGCUCAAACUAUCCGUGAUACUGGUAGGAAUGUACAAAUCAGCAAAACAUGAAGCUCAUUCCAACUUGAGUCCAUAUAAAAUUGCAAGAGCAUUCUUCCCCCUUUUUUGCGUGAAAAUCUGCGUAUUUUUCAAAAUACAUGCAUGAAUUGUGCACAUCUUUUAAAUAUAUGCAUUCUUCUAUUGAUAAAAGCAUAUGUUGUGUACAAUUUUCAAAAGUAUGCAUUUUUCAUGCAUUUUUAAAAUAUAUGGAUGGAUGCUGCAUAUGGAUGCUGUCAAAUGCAUUCAUUUGGUCCACAAAUUACAUUGCAAGCUUCAAAAUAUAAGGGCUUUGAUCACAGAUCGUAUCCAAGUCCAUGUUUGGUCUGCAAGGUAUGAACUGGGAACAUCUUGAUCAAAAACAAACUGAAAAUAACUUCUCAUAUAGCCCUAGAUACUGGCAGUCUGUUGUUUAAAAAACAUAGCUGUCUGAAGUACAUCUAAAAUGGAGGGAUAAAAUCAUUAUACCAAGGAAGUAUACAGAUGGGGGAUUGGUUACUCUCCCCCAUACCCACCCAUUAACCUCCUCAUAUACUUUUCUUCCCUACCCUUUCAAGGUUUGUUUCUCACAGUUCCAAUAUCAAAGCCAAGGUGAACAAAAAGUCCCAUUGGGAAGAGCUGUGGAGAAGCAAGCCAGGGGCGGUUUCAUACCUUCCACUCACAUGCUUCCUUUUCUCUAAAGCCUGGACAUCCAACGCCCAACAAGUGAGCAGAAUCAGCUUUCAACAAAUACUUUGUUUCUGUCAUUUGUACUUUGAUCCCAAGUCUGUUGAUUAAGGGCUGUAUCUCAUUUUCAUGGGAUCUGAAAUGUUUGGCAGGGGAGAUUUAGCUUCCUUUUGUUACCAAGAUGACAUUACUCCCUUUGCAUGUAUCACAGGGUAUUAUGAUGGAUUUAGGGCACCGCCCUACAUGGCUGUCCAUAACCAUCCAAACUCAGGUGGUUAUGGGGACCCAAGUGAGCAUGAGAGCAGAAUGGAAGUGAGGCUUGCCUUUGUGCUCCCCAUGCCCUGAACAGCAAUUAGACAGCCAAUUUCAGCCAUCCAGAUGUUUUCAUCCUCCUUGUGAAGAGGAGGGACUAAGGCACUGCUUGGAUUUGGUGGAAGCCAGCAAUGCCUCACCCCUCCGCUGCUCACCACCCCCAGAGCACACCGCUAGCACCUGUCCCAAAGACAGUUUUGUAUCUUUGGGGCCUCAGCCAGCAUGAGAAGAAAAACGCACAAGCUGGGAGGGCAAAGGGUGGGUCCUCUGAAGACAGUCCCUGUUGAAAUAUCAGAACACUUUUUCCAGGUUACAAUGGGGACACAGGGCCUUUUUUAUGGCCAGCUAGGUGGCAUAUGCUGGCCCUAGGAUUUUGCCCUUAGUUACUGAGCAAAGGAACAUAAUAGACAGGCCCCUUGAAAAACGAUCAACCAAAACUUAAGAGUUGUGGUUGUGCAACUUAUCUUUUUUGUGCCAUAAUGUCUAUUUCAGCAAAUGAAAGGGGUCAACUGAGGCUUUAAAAGCAGUGAUAUUUAUCCUUUACAAAUGACAAACAACCUGUUGUAUUCUGGUGGGCUUGUUAGAGAAUUAAGGUACAAAUAUAUCCAGAGUACACCUUGGCUUAAGAAAGCAGUUCUAUCUGCAAAAGUAAGAUUUAUUUCAAUUACUGACAUUUUUGGCCAUUUAUAUAUUUCUUUUGAUUACCAAGGUACUUGUAACUAUCUUGCACUGUUGAACUAUGUUCUUUGAAUCCUUCUAUAAAUAAAAAAGGCUGGAGACUUAAAUCUA